GAGUGUUACCUCUGGGUCCGGUGCCCCUUUCGUGCUGGUUCUGUCGGUGCUCAGCAUCGUUUUGGGGAAGAGCUGCUGUGGGUGUGUGGUCAGCUGGGGACUGGUAACCACCUCUGCGUUGGUGCUGCAGGAUGGGAGCUGCUGUCUGUAAGGCCGUGGCUUCGAGGUGCCUUCGUUAAUUCUUUGUCUCCUGAGCCUGGAGAAGAGGUGCUGUCGGCGUGGUUGUGAACCCACAGCUCUUCUCCCCUUCUGCAGAGCUGGGAGUGGCUUCAGCCCCUUCCCGUGAUCACGUCAGGCUCCUCCUCUGUCUGCAAAGGAGGCUGCAGCUUUUAAUUCAGCGAUCCAAGCUUCUGAGCUGAUGAGAACAGCAUGUGCUCCAAGCUGGAGAUGGGCCCUUAGCGCAGAGCGUGGGGAGGCAGCAGAUGGGAGGGCUGGGAACACAUGGCACAGAAUCUCUGCUUCAGACGCUGCGGUGCCGCUGCUGGGAAGGAGGGCUGAGAAUCCCCUCCCAUCCGAGCUGGAGGAAGGUCUGGAGUCGCAGUGGUUUCUUUUUCUCCCCCCUCCCCCGUUUAGAAAUGGCAUCAGAUGUCUCCUCGCUGGGCGCAGCCGUCGGCUCAGGGAACCCCGGGGCUGGAACUCAAACUGGAGGAGCCAUCGUGCAGAGAGCAGCCAAGAGGCGUCCAGGGCUUGAUUUUGAUGAUGAUGGCGAAGGGAACAGUAAAUUCCUCAGGUGUGAUGAUGACCCAAUGCCAAAUGAUAAGGAGCGAUUUGCCAGGUCUGAUGAUGAGCAGAGUUCAGCGGAUAAGGAGAGACUUGCCAGGGAGAAUCACAGCGAGAUCGAACGUAGGCGGAGGAACAAAAUGACUGCCUACAUCACCGAGCUGUCUGACAUGGUGCCCACCUGCAGCGCCCUGGCACGCAAACCGGACAAGCUGACCAUCCUGCGAAUGGCCGUGUCCCACAUGAAGUCCCUGCGUGGCACAGGCAACACCUCCACGGAUGGCACCUACAAACCCUCCUUCCUCACCGACCAGGAACUCAAACACCUGAUCCUGGAGGCAGCUGAUGGUUUUCUGUUCAUCGUGUCCUGUGAGACGGGGAGGGUGGUUUACGUCUCCGACUCGGUGACUCCCGUCCUCAACCAGCCCCAGUCGGAGUGGUUUGGCAGCACGCUGUACGACCAGGUGCACCCAGAUGAUGUGGGCAAGCUGAGGGAGCAGCUCUCCACCUCAGAGAAUGCACUGACAGAAGGAACCAAACCCUGGUGCCUUUCUAACAAGGAUCCUGCAGCCCCCCCUGAGAGUGCAUCUAAAGGUCGUAUCCUGGAUUUGAAGACGGGAACUGUCAAGAAGGAAGGGCAGCAGUCCAUGAGGAUGUGCAUGGGCUCACGGAGAUCCUUCAUCUGCCGCAUGAGGUGUGGCAACAGCUCAGUGGAUUCGGUGUCUGUAAAUCGUCUCAGCUUCAUGAGGAAUCGCUGCAGGAACGGCUUAGGUGCGACGAAGGACGGAGAGCCUCACUACGUGGUGGUGCACUGCACGGGUUACAUCAAGGCCUGGCCCCCAGCAGGUGUUUCACUGCCUGAUGAUGACCCAGAUGCUGGCCAGGGCAGCAAGUUUUGCCUCGUGGCCAUCGGCAGGCUCCAGGUCACCAGCUCACCCAACUGUACAGACAUGAGCAACGUUUGUCAGCCAACAGAGUUCAUCUCCCGGCACAACACAGAAGGCAUUUUCACCUUCAUAGACCACCGCUGUGUGGCUACUGUUGGCUACCAGCCACAGGAACUUCUGGGGAAGGACAUUGUGGAUUUCUGUCACCCAGAGGACCAGCAGCUUUUGCGGGACAGCUUUCAGCAGGUGGUGAAGUUAAAAGGCCAGGUUCUGUCAGUCAUGUUCCGAUUCCGAUCCAAAAACCGGGAAUGGCUCUGGAUGAGAACCAGCUCCUUUACCUUCCAGAACCCCUACUCGGAUGAAAUUGAGUACAUCAUCUGUACCAACACCAACGUCAAGAACUCAAGCCAGGAAUCUCGACCUGCCCUAUCAAACCCAAUGCAGAGGCCCCAGCUGGGGCAGAGUGUCAGCCUUCCCCUGGAGAUGGGCACAGCACAGCUGCCCUCAAGGCAGCAGCAGCAGCAGCCACAGCAGACAGAGUUGGAAGUGGUGCCAGGAAGAGAGAGCCUGUCUGGGUUCGAGCAGGUUCCUGUGCAGCCCGUGACCGCUGCUGGCCCGGAGCACAGCAAACCACUGGAGAAGGCAGAGAGCCUCUUCAACCAGGAGAGGGACCCGAGGUUUGGGGAGAUCUACAGCAGCAUCAAUGCAGACCAGAACAAAGCCAUUCCUGCCAGCUCAGUGCCUGCCAACCCCGCCCUCUUCCCCCAGGGAAACACUUUCACACCAUCGCGGCCCGCUGAGAACUUCAGGAGCAGCAGCAUGGUGCCUCCGGUGAACAUCAUCCAGCAGCAGCCGGCGGCGUCGGGCCGGAUCCUGGCUCAGAUCUCACGCCACGCCAGCCCUGCUCAGGUCAGCGGGAGCAGCUGGGCUGCCGGGACCCGACCAGCGUUCACAGCCCAGCAGGUGGCCUCCCAGGCAGUGAAGACUCGGCCGCCUUCCUUCAGCAUGGGGACGUUCCAGGGCUCCCCGUCCUCCUUCAGCCCCAUGGCAGCUCCGGGCUCCACGGCUUCCCCCAGCAGCUCUGCGUACCCAAACCUCUCCGGCCGCGGCGUGGGCUUCACCACAGAUGCAGCGCAGACCCCCACCCCGUUCCAACCCCGGGCAGCAGCUGAAGGAGUGGGGAUGUGGCCACAGUGGCAAGGACAGCAUCACAGCACGGCGCCCGGGGAGCAGCACGUGCAGCAGCCCAGCCAACCCGAGGCCUUCUCAGUAAGACUGUGCUUUGUUCCCCUCCUGGGUGAGGACGUGUGGGCCCGUCUCCCAGGGUGGGAUGAGAGGUUUUUGUCGUGCUGUGGGUGCUCAGAUGCUCAUCCUCCCGUCUGUGGGUUCUGGGAAGGGCUGGAGCUCAGGGGGUCACCGGUGGGGCUGCAGGGGACGGAGCUGCUCUGCGUGGUCAGCUUUGUGUCCCACUCCGUCCCGUAAUCAGGGUGGAAUCCCACCGGUUCUGCUGCCAGGUUAAACCUUACGGCUCUCUUUUAAAGAAAGCGAGCAGCAAAAAUCCCCAUAAUCUGAAGGGA